ACAUUCAAAAUUGUAAAGGACGUAGUUGCAAUUUUCCAUUGACUAGAUACAAGCCGAGAAUCUGGAGUACCAUUACAAAGCGCACAUCCGUAGGGCAAGUGAACGGCGAAAAAAGCGUUACCGGAAAGUCUCAUCAGCUUCAUCGCCGCUGUCUUCUAAUUAACCAUGGUUGCUGGUAGGGUUGCUCAUCCAGUGUUGAAAGGCCCAAGUGUGGUCAAGGAGUUGAUCAUUGGAUCAGUGCUUGGGUUAGCUUGUGGUGGUUUGUGGAAAAUGCAUCACUGGAAUGAGCAAAGAAAAACAAGGGCCUUUUAUGACCUUUUGGAGAAGGGCGAGAUAAGUGUGGUUGUAGAAGAAUGAGGACAUUUUAGUCAUCAUGAUAUGUUUAUGACCAAGGCUUUAAAUCAGAGAUCAUACUCUGGAUUUUAUUUUUUAAAAAUAAAGUUUUUGUAUUGGAUUUGUGCACAAAAGUUGCUCUUUCGUUAAAACUCUGAAAAUGUUGUUUUUCUUGAUUCUUGUUGUUGAAGAUGCUAUUGUAACCAAAUUGCUCAUGUCAUGGAUUUACAAAAGGUGUAUUCGGUAAGACAUGAUGGUGGUGUAUUGUGUUUGGCACACAUUGAACAAGGUUGGAUAUAGACUACUUGCUUUCACA